AUGGUGCAACAAACAAAGAGUUCGGAAAGUAAAAGCAGCAGCAACAGCUGCAGGGAAGCGGCAGACAGUGGGAUUAGUGAUAUGAGCGCAGCUUCCAGCCCGAAUCCCGGCUUCUCCGCUCAUUCUGGGGAAGCUCCCUGGACCAGUGCCUCUGUCAAAGCCGAGGAGGAGGCGAGCUGUAACCCAGACUGGUGCAAAACCCCCACCGGGCACAUCAAAAGGCCCAUGAACGCUUUCAUGGUCUGGUCUCAGAUCGAGAGGAAAAAGAUCAUGGAGCAGGUCCCGGACAUGCACAACGCCGAGAUCUCCAAACGCCUGGGCAAGAAGUGGAAGAUGCUGAAGGACAAUGAGAAGACCCCGUUCAUCAGAGAGGCGGAGCGCCUGAGGCUGAAGCAUAUGGCAGAUUAUCCCGAUUACAAAUACAGACCCAGGAAGAAGGUCAGGUCGGAGUCCGGAGCAGGAGCGGACGAGAGAAGCUGCAGGAAGGAGGUGAAAUCUUUCAAGAAGCACAGCCGGCCCCAGAAGGGUGACUUCACACGUCUCAGUCCCAUGUACUGGAAUCCCUCUGCCUCCUACCUCCUCCUCUUCCUUUAA